UCUACGUAGAUGUUUCAGAAAAAAGCCAUGGAGUAGGUGCUCUGUAUUGUGAAACUCUACAUAUGCGAUCUGUGAUUUGAUCUUGUGUCCUGAUGUUCGGUAAUGAUUACCGAAUAGCGUUUUUUAAACUUUUCUUUCACAUACUCUACUGAAAUAAACGAGGUGUUCCAGCCCGAACCACAUCCCUCCGAGCUGAGAACAUGCCUGCUGGGGUGUCAUGGACUCGCUACGUUAGGAUGUAUGGAGCAAGCAUGCUGGCACUGUUUGCAGGGGCUCAGGUGGUCCACCAGUACUAUUUACCCGACCUGAGUAUACCGGAGACGCCGCCAAAGCCUGGCGAGCUUCGGACGGAAUUGCUCGGCUUCAAAGUCCGUGAAGAAAUGAAGGCGGCCAUCGAACAGCAACUGGAGGACAAACAGAAGCUGGACUGAUGUGGGGACGUAUUUGAUAGGACGGACGCUAAAUCAUCACAACUUUGUCGUAGGCUGCAAGACAACCCCGGGGCUUCAAAAUGACUGUUUGGGCUGUGUUUUAAAGGGAAUACUUUUGUCCAGUACACUUCAAUAAGUGUUCAAGAUAGUGAUGAUUGAUGGCUGCACACUCAGUGUGAAUGCAGCCGUGCACUACAAAAAUGCAAAGUGUAAGUACGGGAGUGCACAGAUUCAGACACAGCCUCGGUGUUUAUUUUACCUGCACUCUCACACCUUUCAUUUCCUGGUAAUGCGGGAGAAACGUUGCUUAUAGGCUAUCGCAGUGAAGCCACUAAAUUUAAUAUAUAUGUUCAAAGAUGUCUCAAAUAAAUUAAAUCACUAUUUUA